CUUACACAGACACCACUAAACAAAACAGAUAGACAAGAAUCUAAUUCGCAGCCAUGUUCUCAUUCAACACAACCACGAAUCUCCACCACGUAACCCUCCUCCCACGCGGAACAGAAUUCCAACACGCCCUCUCGCACCUCCACAACCACGACCUCCUGAUCCGCCUCGACCCCGAACUGGCACACUACGAAACCCUGCCCGCGGACCCCGCGAACCCAAAUGCAAAGCGCUACAAAGUCACCGACCACAUGCACACGUUGCCAAAAGGCCUCUGGGACACCACGGUAGCUUUUGAAGCAGACAUUACAGAUACAGACGACGGCAUCUUGUGGGCUAUCAAGGCGCCGCUGGGACUCGUGCAGAGGACGACGUGGCGGCUAUUGAAGACGGAGACGCUGGCGCAGGAGGAUGUUGGUGGUGUGGCUGAGAGUGAGAGGGGAGAGUGGAGUUUAGUGGAGGAUGUUGAGAUCAAGGCGAAUAGGAUGUUGGUGGGCACUGUCAAGGGGAAGUGUGAGGAGAACUGGAGGGGGGUACAUGCGAGGUUUGUCGGGCAUUUGAAGGGUGAGGCGGUCAAGUCGUAGGAUCUGCUUUGCUCAAGGUAUCACGAUGUGCUCUGGCGCUUGAAUAGUGAUGUUCUCGUCAUAGCUACUACAACUGCUGAGGUCCUACAACAAAGGUAGCAUGUGAUCCACUCCAUGUAGACCUCACCCCACUUUCUCGAGAACAGCUCCACUGUGGGGUAAUUGCGAAAACCCAAUUCUCCAGUUCAGUA